AUGAGCCCAAAUGACAGCUCCGACGACGCGGCACAGGCGCCGCCAAUCACAGGUCGCGAAAGGACCGUGACGCCGCCUGCCGAAGUCGUCGACCCGCCAACCCACGAAAGGGGCGCGGACGUGAACGAGAGGAUCCUCAAGAUGCUCAUGGGACUCGAAGGUCGCAUGGAGCGCAUGGAAGCGUCCCAGAUGCAUAUGGACGAGAACGAGCGACUUCGAGGUGCAAUCGAGAGUGGACUCUUCAGCUCUCUGCUUGGCCGCAACAUGGGCAACGCUGGACCGAUGCACCUGGACGCUCUUGGCAACUCGCCGCCGAGACGACAAGCUGUGUAUUAA